UUCUCCGCCUGUCCCGAAAAGUUUGCACCAAACCGCUGGAGUCAGAUUUACCUGGAGGACGGAGGUGCACCUGUCGCCAAAGUCCGCCUCUUGCGCCCUUGACCUCGGAUUUACUUUACCGAUCAGACAUGCUCCGAUGAGGGAUCCCUGGAUCGAAGAUUCUCAUAUCUACACCUCAGCCAGUUAAUAACGAUGAAGAGGGGCGCGCUGAAUUUUCUGGGUCGGAAGAACCAGUCUCUUUUCGACACCGGUGUCAAGAUGAAGGAUAUGGACCAUGUGGAGUUUGUGGCGCAGUCGGCUGCCAUCCCUGAGUCGGGGACUGCUAGUGUGCGGGCCAGACCCACGGUGAAGCAUCAUUCUUCCUCGAUGGACAGUUUCCAUGGGUUUGCCGUCCCGACACCCAAAGUCCCCGUUCUGCCUCCUGUCAAUGGUCCUCGGAUCAAUGGUUCAGUUGGUAGUGAUCGCUUGUCCAAUGGAUCUGUUAUAUCUAUUCCUGACCUUGUGGAAGGAGAAAUAUUUGUUCCUCCUCCUCCUUCCAUGGCACCUCCACCGCCUCCAGGGACAUUUAUCCCUCCUCCGCCAGACUUCAUGGGUGACCUAAACAGUCUAGACUUGGAAAACAUUCAGCCUCCCUCCAUGCCUGCUCCAAAGACUCCCUCAUUAGCACCAUCCAUAGACCAAGAGGAUUUCUCCUGCUUAAAACCACCACCAAUGGCUCCCCCGAAACCUCCAUCUGUUUGCUCCUCUAGCUCUGGAUCAUCCAUACCCAUUUGUAGCCCUCCAGCUGAAAAAGUUCCUCAGCAUCCAAAGUUUGCCCCACCACCACCACCUGUUGAAAAGCAACAGAAGACUCAAAAGGUACCACCCCCCAAGCCUGUGAGAUAUAGUUCUGUCCCCAGCUUUGACCUCCCGCCACAGACUCCUGCACCUCCUCCCCCUGUGCAGACGCCAACAUUGUCUUCCUUCAACCCCCAACACACAGCGAAGCUUUAUAAUGUUCCUGAGAACCCCAUUGUUGGUGGGUAUGAAGCUUGUGAUACCAAACCUAAGAAGGUGUUGCUCCUGGAAGAUUCUGGGUCUGUUAACUCUAAUCCUGUGCUGGUUCAAGUGGAUGGGAAAUCCCCUAAAGGACCACCAACACUACCUAAAACUGCCAAUGUAACUCCUGUAACCAAAGACAUACAAGUGCCAAAGAAAAAUGUACAAAUUACCAAACCCAAUGAAUUACCCAAACCUGAGCUAAAGAACGAGGCCAAAACAGUGACGGUUCCAGCAGAGCCAGAAGUAAAAGUCAAACCGCUCCCGUCUCCACUCCAGAAGUCUCCACAGCUUGAGAAAGUCAACAGUGCUCAAGUGAAAAAUUCAGAACCCAGCAGGGACAGAGUUAAAGGUUCUCCUGUUCAAAGUCGCAGUUACAGCCCGAUAUUGGACCGUAAACUACGCAACAUGAAGGGUGGUGAAUCCAAUGGGCCAAGAGACGGACCUGUAGCAUCACCACUGGCUCUUUUAAUGGCAGCUAAGGAAAGAGAGAAACAAAGAUCAGUUCACUCUCUGUCAAGAGAAAACAGUGACAAGAAAAAUCAACAGCGCAGUGCAAGCAUUCAACAAAGUGACUCGAGUCCAAAUUCCUUUGUUGUCUGCCCAGUGCCCUCUUCUCUAACUGCUACCGAAGACAGACUGAAAGAAAGCCCAAAGACUCCAGCAACACCCAGCAGCCCUGCACAGACCCAGCAUCAAAUGUCAACUGUAAACCACCCAGUAGUGCAGAAACAAAAUACAGAGCAAAGCCCCUCAAAGUCACAGCAUCAGGAUAUUACAGAGGAGUUAAAUAUCCCAUUACUCCCUCCACCACCAGAGUUUGGAGAUUUUGAUGGGGAGGUAGAGCCGCCUCCAUCCAUCUGUCCACCUGAUCCUCCUGUGAAAAGGGUACCAGCGUCACCCGUGAGCCAUCUCUCUCCAACUCAAGUUCCGACUCCUCCUCCAAAAAUCACUACCCCUGCUGCUCCAAAAUUCCCACCCCCCAUCAUUGAUGUCAAGCCAAAGCCACCGAUUCAGACCAAACCCAAAUUAGCCCUCACUCAGCAACAAAGCCAGACAAAACCCAAGUCUGCCCUCACUCAGCAACAAGCCCAGGCAACCCCAACUCAGCAACAAGCCCAGGCAACCCCCAAGUCAGCCCUCACUCAGCAACAAAGCCAGACACAACCCAAGUCCGCCCUCACUCAGUCACAAGCCCAGACAAACUCCAAGUUGGCCCCAACUCUGCCAUCAACCAAUCUUUCCCCCAGUCAGACCACACUGUUGAGCAUCUUGCAAAAGAAGAUGUUGGAAAUGGACCAAAGGAUGGCUCCAGUGCAGGACGCGGAGUCAACCAAUGACGACUGGAGCACCCCUUUGUCUGAUGAAGACAGUAAGGUCCCUGCAGCACCCACAGCCAGAACACAGACUAAAAAGGCACCUGCCGUUAACAAAACAGCAACCCUGGACAUGCAGGAGCUGGAAAGAAAAGUGGUCAAAAAAUAUCAGGAGACGUCGCCAUUGAAAGCCCCCACCAGCAAUGGUGUACACUCGAAACAUCAGUACGGCUUGACUUUCAAAAUUCGCCCAGGAACCACACAACCCAUUACACUUGUCAACAAAGACGACCCAUAAAGAUCUGUGGAAAUCAGACACACUUGUAUAGCACACAUUAUAUAUGAUUGUAGGAGUUUAGCAGAUAUUUGUACAACAGGGAAAAUCAAUGACAAUGGCCCAGGGCCACCUACUCAGUGUCACUGUCAAACAAGUGUUGUUUUCUUUAAUCUUUAUACUGCAUAUACAGUAUGUCUUUCAGACAGGAACAUACUUUUGGCUGCUGUUGUUUAUUUAGUGUACAGCUUUACCUAGCAGAUGUUGCCUUUUAAUGUCAGAUUGAAAUCUCAGUUCUCAAUUCCACAUGGUUUGUAUUCAUUGCAGAAGUAAAAUCCUAUUCAUGAAUGAGUAGAAAUGUUAUUCAGAACCGUUUUCCACUGUUACACGUACAUUAUGCAGAUGUGCGGCCUUUUUUAUCUACUGGUGCGAAGCCAACAGUCAAUUCAGAUGAGUGUUUCUCAUAUUUAUUGAUUUAAGAAACGUUUUACUGUCUGUACCCAAGUUAUUCUGUAAGUUAAGUUACUUUUUAAUGUUGUUAUCUAUGUACAUAUAAGUUUGUGUAAAAUUAAAAUAGAAUAUAAGAUCUAGGUGUAUGUACAUGUUGAGAUUGUAUAAAAGAUUUAUUAAAACAUCUACAACAAA